AUGCCUACCAACAUGCGGUUUGAUACCAGCGUGGUAGCUUUUUUGGCCGCCUUUUCAGGCGUAGCGGAUGCCUUCUGGCGUCUUCCUUGCCGUGGACGAAGUGGUCUCGCCCGGCUGGACCCUCUUGUGAGCCCCGGCGAGCCCUCGUACCACGUCCACACCGUCCACGGAUCGAACGGCUUUGGCAUGGAAGCGGAUAUGAAUUCCCUUCUCGGAGGAAGCUGCACAUCUUGCGCCGUUAAGCAGGACAAAUCGGCGUACUGGGCUCCUGCUCUGUACUUCGUUGACGAAGAUACAGGAGACUCUGAACUGGUCGACGAAGUUGGAGGCCUGCUUGCAUACUACCUUUUGUAUGGAGAUGAUGUCCAGGCGUUCCCUGAUAACUUCCGCAUGAUUGCCGGCGACCCAUUCCAGAGGAACUUCACAUGGCCCGUCCCCGAUCCACCAAAGUCCGAGUGGACUGGUGACCAAGGUAGCCAGGCCGCCCUUGCCCAGAAGGCAUUGGGGUUCAACUGCUUGAACUACGCUGCCACAGCCGAACCAUCUCUCGGCCGUCACUUCUUGCCCGAGAAGUCCUACCUGGACGAACACUGCACGGACGGUGUUCGAUUCGAACUGAUGUUCCCCUCGUGCUGGAACGGCAAGGAUGUGGACUCGGAUGACCACAAGUCGCACAUGGCCUAUCCCUCGCUAGUCAUGGAUGGUACUUGCCCGGAGGGCUUCGAAACUCGUGUUGUUUCCAUCUUCUUCGAGACCAUCUGGAACACCUAUGCCUUCAAGGACCGCAACGGUUACUUUGCCCUGUCCACUGGUGACCCUACCGGAUUCGGCUACCACGGCGACUUUAUGCACGGUUGGGAGUCCGGUGUUCUGGAGGAAGCUGUCAAGACCUGCACAAACCCAUCUGGCCAGGUCGAAGACUGCCCUGUUUUUGAACUUCAAAGCGAGCUUGAGCAGGGCCUCUGCUCUUUCGACAUCCCCAGCAUCCUGAAAGACGAGGACCUCACCACGAUAAAGGGUGGAUUCCCCAACGACAUUGUUGUUGAAUGGGGACCGGAGUAUGCCUUCCCUAUCCAAUACGCUAACGGCAACCAACCAAGCACGACCAGCGCCACGCCCAAGCCUACCAAUGAUGCCGACCUAGGGUUGAGCGUCUCCAUUGACCUUGGAGCCGUCGCCGGCAACAUCCAUGCUGCCGAAUCCAAGACUGAGUCUACUUCUACAACCACUUCGACCACCCAGCCUCCACCACCUCCCACUACGACAUCAACGACCUCUACUUCGACCUGGACUCCAACUCCCACGACAUCUUAUGUUAAGAGCACCGUCACUCAAGAGAUUGUCUGGGUGGAACAGCAGAUUGUCGUCAUGGUGGAUGAGAACGACAUCCCUGUGAAGACCGAGACCGGUGUCGUCGAGAUUCUCUCCACUGCCUACAAAACGGUCACACGCACUGUCGAUACCGUUGUGACUAUUCCCACCGAGCCGCCGGCUGAAGCUCCCGCCAAGCGUGAUCACCACGACCACCUUAAGGCUCACAAGCGUCACCAGCACGGCCACCACGCGCAGUAG